UAUAAAUUUGCAUGGUUUGGUGACUCCAAUUGCUACCUGUUGUCUGCGUUUGUUUUGGCAUUUAAUUUCUUCUAAGUAAAGCAAAGUUCAGAGAGAGAGAGAGAGAGAGAGAGAGAAUAAUGGAGAUCAGACCGCACGAUGAAGAUGAAGUGUACAAGGCAUCACGGACCGGGAGUGUAGAAUCCUUAAACAGGUUGAUCAAAAAUGACCCAGACAUUCUAUGGAGAAUAUCCCUGCAGACCGGCAAAACCGGAACCCCCUUACAUGUGUCGGCUUUGCACGGCCACACUGAGUUUACCGAAGCCCUUUGCACUAAAAAUCCCAAACUUGCAGAGCGGGUGGACGCCGAUGGACGCACGCCCCUGCACUUGGCUUCUGCUGACGGCCACAAGGAGACUGUCGAAGCUUUGUUAUCUGUGUAUGCUGAUGCGUGCUUGCGUUGCGAUGAAAAGGGAAGAAUCCCUCUUCACUAUGCAGCCAUGAAUGGAGAAGUUGAGGUGCUGCAGAAGUUGAUUGAUAAAAAUCCUGAGUCCAUGUAUGUCAAAGUUGAAAACAGAUCGAAGGAAACAGUUUUGCACUUGUGUAUUGUACACAACCAGUUAGAGUGCUUGAAACUGUUGGUUGAAAGAGACGACAGCAAUGGCGAGUUCCUCAACUCAAGAGCUGGCUGCUGUGAUGGUAGUGUGACCAUCCUGCACUUAGCUUUGAUGCUAAGGCAAAUUAAGACUAUACGUUACCUGCUUUCCGUUGAUACUAUAAGAGCAGAAGCAGUUGGUGUGAAUGGGAUGUCUCUGACCAUGUCAGAUAUCUUAGAGUACAGCAGCGUUGCAAGAGAGGACUUUAGCAGAAGCUUAGAAAUUCAACAAAUUUUGAUGGACGCAGGAUUAAUCAGAAGAGAAAAUAAUGAAAAUGACAAUCCUAACUCAGCUGUUGCCGCUGCCGCUGUUGUUGUAUCACCAAAUCCAAGAAGGGUAGAGAAGAAAAGGAAGCUUCACAAACGAGUAGCACCAUCGGAAAAGGGAUCAAAGCCAGCAAGGUGGUUCUUGACAAAAUUGAUGAAAUGGUUGAGAUAUCCGGAUGAUUGGGUGAAGGACACACGUGGCUUGCUGAUGGUUGUGGCUACGGUGAUCUCGACCAUGACUUUUCAAGCCGUAGUCAACCCACCUGGUGGUGUAUGGGAACAUAAUGAUACAAACACUACCUUUAAUAAUAUAACAGUUUGCAGUGAAGAGAUUGUAUGUAGAGUUGGAACUGCAGUGUUCGGCUACGGUAAUGAUCCCAAGGAUUACUUCCGCACUUUCAUAGCAUUCAAUACCAUCACGUUCCUUGCUUCUUUGAGUGUCACCCUUUUGCUCGUUAGUGGAUUUCCUCUCCACAAUCGGUUGUGCACGUGGCUCUUAUCGAUGUCCAUGUGCGUCACUCUCGCAUUCUUGGCACUCACCUAUCUAAUUGUGCUGUACGUGAUGGUCCCUAAUUACCGUUGUUUCGUUUCAUCGAGCUUGUACCGGAUAUUCUUUAUUCUUUGGAUUACGUUGCUGGUCAUAGGCAGCGUACUUCAGACUAUCCGGUUUCUUAUGUGGGUGAUGAAGCGGUUGCGACCCAUGUACUUCAGGUCAACAUCAGGUCUCAAGAACAUGGUCACCACUGGCUCCUUUUCACGUAAAGAUCCAACGUGUUUUGAAGAGAAUGAUGUGCCUACAGUUGUGUGAUUACUCUGCCGCGGUGUGUUUGCUUGAAACAAUAAUUAUCUGGGUCAUACACCCUUUAUGCAUGUAGCAAUUAGGGUUUAAGGUAAUGAACUAGGUCAAUGACGCUUUCUGGAUCCGGGUUGGUAAUUCAAGAGUGUUGCUUAGUUAUGAUAAGUAAUCCAUCUGCUAUGUAAAUUAGAAGUGUUUGUUGUCUUUAAUUUGAUGCUGGACACUAGCUACUUUUUUAUUAUUAUUCAUUUAUGUCAUUUGUUAUCACAUUAGCAAACUAA